AAGAAAAGGACAGCAUGCCCUUCACUAGAGGACAACCUAUUAUUAAAGGUGAUCCUAUUUGGACAUUUAUGGCGACAGAUUAUUUGUACGAGGAUCUAGGCACUGGUAAAGACCUUGGUAAUAUUGAUAGUCUUACAUUAUGUGAUGAUGCAGCUGGUCCAGAGAUAGGGGAAUGGGGAGAGGCGCUGGUUGCCCAAUAUCUUGAAAGACAAAAACAGCUUGGUAAAAUUCUUGAUUACUUCUGGAAGAAUAGUGAAGAAGAAACAGGAUGUCCAUUUGAUUUUGAAAUCCAACUUUCAGGAAACAGUGGUAUCUUGUCUAACUAUAUUGAGGUUAAAAGUACUGUCAGUGAGGAUAAAGAAGUAUUUGAGAUAUCCAUGCAGCAGAUUCAGUUUGCAGAGCAUGAGAAAGAGAAGUUUCAUAUAUACCGAGUGUUUAAUGCAGGAAAUCCAGAACGUGUUAAAUUAAUACGUAUUACAAACCUCGACAUGAGGCUAGCAAAGAAACAAGUAAAACUUUGUAUGCUCAUAUAAAAACAAGAAAUUUCAAAGAGGAGAAUAAAAAAAUCUUGGUUUUUAUGGACUGAGCUUGUUGCA